UUAAUAAAUGGAAAGCAAAGUUAUAUUUGACUCCUCCCCUUUUCUUUGCUGAUCCGAAAAAUGAUCCGAACCGUGGUUUGUGAUCUGUUGCAUCCCUAGUUGGCGGAUAUCAGGGUCCUCACAAGUGUAGAAAGACAAAUAUGUAUGUGUCUGUCUGCUCACCUGUCCUGUUGUGUCUUCUGAAGUUGGUCCGUCCUGGGAUGCAGAUUCCACCCCGGAUGCCUCGAGCCCUGAACCCCGCCAUCCCUCCUCAAAACGCUGCUGCUGUGGCAGCCGCUGCCGCUGCAGCUGCUGCUGCCGCGGCGGCUGCGGGAGGACAGUCGCUAACACAGCAGUCACAGCAGCAUCAAAUGAUGUCAUCGCCCUCACCUGGGCAGGUGCAAACGCCGCUGUCGAUGCCUCCCCCUCCUCAGCCGUCACCUCAACCCCCCACCUCACAGCCCAACUCAGCCAGCUCUGGUCCCACUCCGUCUCCGGGAGGUUUCCAGCCCAGCCCGUCCCCUCAGCCCUCACAUAGCCCCGCCAACGCCCGGACCCCCCUCAACUAUGGAGUCCCCUCACCUGGACCGCUCAACACUCCAGGUAACCCCGGCUCAGUGAUGAGUCCAGCUGGACCCACGUCUCUAGAGGACCAGCAGUACAUGGAGAAACUCAAACAGCUCUCUAAAUACAUCGAACCUCUGCGCAGGAUGAUCAAUAAGAUCGACAAGAACGAAGACAGGAAGAAGGACCUGAGUAAGAUGAAGAGUCUGUUGAACAUCCUGACGGAUCCAAACACCAGGUGUCCCCUGAAGACGCUACAGAAGUGUGAGAUAGCUCUGGAGAAGCUGAAGAACGACAUGGCCGUGCCCACCCCCCCUCCCCCCCAGGUGUCCUCUAAGCAGCAGUACCUGUGUCAGCCGCUGCUGGAUGCCGUCAUGGCCAACAUCCGGUCCCCGGUCUUCAACCACUCCCUGUACCGGACCUUCGCCCCCGCCAUGACCGCCAUCCACGGACCCCCCAUCACGUAAGUCCAAAACCACCAGAGACCACAUGAGGACGGUGUCUCUUUAUACAAGAUGUUUUUAUUUGGUGGACUGAGCCUUUAAAAGGAGACCUGAUGCUAUUAAUUAUUAUGGACCAGAAUGUAAACUCAUAUGAGGCGAACUCUGAGGACCCGGAGAGGACCAUGUCUGAGGACCCGGAGAGGACCAGGUCUGAGGACCCGGAGAGGACCAGGUCUUUAGAUUAUCCGGUUUUAUUUAGCUUGAUUGUGUGCAGUGUCCUCGGAGAUUAAAGCUCAUGAAACAGGAAGCAGCAGUUAAAGACGGUGUGAAGUGAUUUGUUGUGGUUCU